CAUGGCUCCCGGCCUACUGGUCCUGGCUUUCCUGUUGGCAUGCAAGGAGGCCAGGGGUGAUUCGAAUGCUGAUGCCAAACGACUUUAUGAUGACCUCAUUAACGGAUAUAAUGCCCUCAUCCGACCGGUGGGCAACAACUCGGACAGGCUGACCGUUAAGAUGGGUCUCAAGUUGUCCCAGCUCAUUGACGUGAACAUCAAGAAUCAGAUAAUGACGACCAAUGUCUGGGUUGAACAAGAAUGGAACGACUACAAACUUCGGUGGGAGCCUGACGAAUAUGGUGGAGUAUCCAAACUACAUGUGCCUGCUGAGCAGAUUUGGCUACCAGAUAUUGUCCUGUAUAACAAUGCCGACGGCAACUACGAAGUGACUAUCAUGACCAAAGCCAUUCUGCACUACGAUGGGAAGGUGAUCUGGAAGCCACCCGCUAUUUACAAGAGUUCCUGCGGCAUCGACGUAGAAUACUUUCCCUUCGACGAGCAAACCUGUCUCAUGAAAUUCGGAUCUUGGACUUACGACGGAUACACUGUGGACCUGAAACAUAAAUAUCAGACAGAAGAAUCAAACCUCAUUCUCAUGGGUAUGGACCUAAGCGAGUUUUAUCUCAGUGUAGAGUGGGACAUCAUGGCCGUCCCCGCUCUCAGGACUGAGAAAUUCUACAGCUGUUGUGAAGAGCCUUACCCGGACAUCACCUUCAACAUCACCCUGCGCAGGAAGACCCUCUUUUACACUGUCAACCUCAUCAUCCCCUGCGUCUUCAUCUCUUUUCUGUCUGUUCUCGUCUUCUAUUUGCCUUCGGACUCGGGUGAAAAAGUCUCGCUGUCCAUCUCCAUCGUCCUGUCCCUGGGGGUGUUCUUUCUACUGCUGUCCGAGAUCAUCCCUCCCACGUCCCUCACAGUGCCACUCCUGGGAAAGUACCUGCUCUUCACUAUGAUUCUGGUCUCCUUCUCAGUUUUCGUCACCAUCGCGGUGCUCAAUGUUAACUUCAGGUCUCCUUCAACGCACAAGAUGGCGCCAUGGGUGAAACGGGUGUUCAUUGAAAUACUUCCCCGAUUCCUGUGUAUGCAGCGUCCGAACAAUGAAGAAGACGGAGGUAACGGAGAGGGCAAGGACAACAACCACUAUCACCACCACCAUCCUCACUUGAUAGAUUUCGCGGAAAAGCCUUCGGUCAUCGACUACGAGUGCGGGAGUUUUGGACCUUACCCCGUCGAUGAGCUCCACGUGGGGCUGCAGCCGGACAUCAACGGGUCCCUGGACGGAAUCAAGAGCUCACCGGAUGUCGAACGGGCCGUGCUUAAUGUCCGGUUCAUAGCCCAACAUAUGGAAAAUCUGGAUAACUUCACAGACAUCGAAAGUGACUGGCAAUACGUGGCUAUGGUCCUAGACCGUCUCUUCCUCUGGAUCUUCACAAUAGCCUGCGUCGUCGGAACCGGUUGGAUCAUCCUUUGUGCACCCUCCCUCUACGACGACAAACAGCCCAUCGACAUCGUCUUCUCUAAAGUAGGUCCUCGCAUCAGAAGGCUGCUCAGAAACUGAAUGGACCUUGCUCUUCCCCAAGCCGCCAGCUCUUGCCACUUCUGGACUGGUUGCCAAGCAGGAGUUCUACAAGAACAGCGGAGGACAGCAUGGAAGGACACAGCGUUUUUAGAUCCUCAGGUUCCUGUUCCUCAAUGCAGUUCAUCCAUAUACCCAUUUGCAAAUACCUGAGCAAGGUUUACAGGAAAUAGAAGGACGAAGUUGAAUAAUUUUAUGACAGAGGAUUCAAAUCCAGUUUUGUAAUAAUGCAUCUUGAUAAAGAAAUGUGAAGAAGUUGUUCAGUUAAGUGAAUCGAUUCAAUAAUCUAAAUCGAAAUUUGCUCGUGUGUUCUAGAUGUCGUUUCAUUGUUUGAUGUUAAGGUGUUUUCCAAAACUGAAUUCCGUAUAAAUGUUUAUAAUCAACGGACUGCAGGAAUUUUAAUGGUUUCUUCGUUUUAUUUCUUUCAAGAAUGAAAGAGAAUAGGCACUAUUUAGCUGAAAAUUUAUUGCAUGACUUAUUCUCUGGUUGGCUUCUGAGCUCACUUCAUUAAUAAUGGAAGAAAUACUUUUCUUUAUUAAUUUCAAUGUUCGGUGUGGUUUAUAUAAGAGUUCGCAUCACUCUACAGAGUGUCUCAGCCAUUAGAAUUACAAAUUUCAAGGAGGGGUAGUGUUUAUCUAGGCGAAUCCGAAUCGCAAAAAAAUGCUGUAGUCGGAAAUACUUUACGGACGCGAUAGGUGGCGUUGCAAUCGUACGGAACUGCGAGCAUUUUGUAACACAAUCUUCAUUUCAGCAUUCCAUCACGAAAUUCAUAUUAACCAAUGACAUCAAUGUUGAUCCUGUAGAUCAAUGUUGACAUCUGUAGAUCCAAAAAAACAAAAAACAUAUCUAAUUUUUAAAAAAAUCAUAAUUAACUCAAAACGAAUAAACGAUGACAAUAAAAGUCUUUCUUGGCGACCCCACAUAAUUUUCCCACAACCAAAAGAGAGAGAGAGAGAGAGAGAAGCGAAUGACAUGAGAUUUUCUUUUAAUUUAAAAACUAAUGAAGUCUUGAUUAUAAUAUCAAUUAAAGCAUCGGUAUGUAUAAGAAACGGGAAUGGAUUCUACUGAUAAGCCUUUUUGCAUAUAGGAUCUAAACUUUAAGUCUGCUGACGUCAACUGUGACUUCAUUGCUACAUUAUUGUUUACUAGCCGCCUUUGGCGACCAGCCGGUUCGCCAAUCUUAAUAUUCGUUAAAAUUUUAAUAUUUAAAUAUUUUAUGCAAUUCCUACUUUUAUAGCUUCUUCAUCAAAAUAUAAAACUUCAAAUUUUGAUAGUCAUAUAAUUUACUCAUAAUAUUAUUAAGGCCUUCAGUCAUAACGUAAUAUGCAUCUCUAAUUUUCUUUAUCUCCUGUAGAAUUUAUACUUUAAAUUAAAGUGGAAAAGAUUAAUCUGCAAUUAAUAUAAUAAUAUUUUUUACUGAAACAAAGUACUUUUUUUUUUGUAAUAUGAUUACUGAAAACAGUCACUGAGCGUUGAAACCUUAUGGGCACUAAAGAAUAUAUUUCUUAAUUUACGUAACAUUUCAAGAAUUUGUCAACAAAAUUUUCUCAGAUUCAUCAUAACCAGAUCGAUUCGUUAACAAUUUUAAUUUCAAAUGCAUCAAGCACUAAGAAAAUAAAAUGAAUCGUUUAAAGUAAUCGGUUGAAACCAGGUUAAAAUGAACUACUUAAAAAACGAUGUACUUAAAACUAUAAGCAUAUACAAAAAAUAUAUAACUAACAUAAAUACAUUUUAAUUACAAAAGCAUGCAACUAACCUAAAAAUAAUUUAAAUCAAGAAUUAUCCGUUGAUAAUAUUGUCAAAAAUCAGAACGCAAUGCGCAUGCGUGAAUUUUCAUCGCCAGUUACGGUAACGCAAAUGCGUGAAUUUUUCUACGCCAGUUGGGGUAACACAAUGCAGAUUACAAAUUGUUAAUUUCCUUAACACAUACACACACACAUUGAGCUUUAUAUAAGUAUAGAUUAUGACGCUUUGUUCACGUGGGUAGUUGCGAAAUCAUUUAAUCUUGCUAUGAAAUGAUGAAAUGAAGAACCUCUUAGAAAGCCCUCUUUAUCUAUCUGCAAUAUACCACAUCCCUCCUACCAUGUCUGUUAAGAAUUUCCGACCCAUUCUUGCUACGUGAUUCCAAGUAAUAUAAAUGUUUUUUAUCCCUCUUAAAAAUUCGUAACACUGGUACUGAGACACCCUAAACAUAAAUUUAAAUCUCUCAAAAAUGUUGUAGUUUUCCAUACUUCAAAUUGGUGUCCUAUAAAUGGUAUGAUUGCUCCGUGAAUCAUUUAAUAUAAACAGAAAAAAUAGCAUUUCAGCGAACCUAUAAGACAAAUGAAAAACCUUUAAUUUUCUGUCAAAAUUUCGGCAAUCAUCAAUCAUUUCCAGAAGAUGGUACCUGCAGCACUUGAAAGGGGUAGGGAUCAUGGUGCUGCUUCUCUUCAUAUGCUUCUUUCUUUAAACAUAAGAAGAGUACUGUGAUACAAUUAAAUGAAAAAUGUAAACUUUAAAAAUAAUAAUUUGACAACACCGCGUCAUUUAAAUCUUUUAAGCAUUCGAAAAAUAUCUUACAAUCAAAUGAAAAAUGUAAAAUCAUAAAAUGAUGAUAUAUGUAGAAACAAUGACAGAUAUGUCUUAAUCCAUGAUUCUAAAAAAAUAUUUAAAAAAAAAACUUACAUUUUGCUAUUAAAAAAUAGACCUAAAGGAAUGUACCAGACCAAAGGGGGCAAAUGUAGUUUAAAGCAAAUAAUGGAAUAAUUUACAGACUAUUGUAAAGGUAAGGCCUAAAUCGCAGAGAUGAAGAAAUGAGGAACCAAUUUUAAAAAAAGGAAUGAAACAAGCCAUUCUCGUUUCAAUUUGCACAGCCAACAGUCAUUGUAUUCUAAAAUAUUAACGCAGGAUUUAAAUUUGUAUCUAUUCGUGCAGUAAAGUGUUGGCAAUCCUUUUAAAACCCAUUCGACGGCUGAUAGUUUAGGGUUGGAGCGUUACAAAACAGAACAACGCGUUAACGCAAGACUUGGAUUAAAUAAAAAACAAUUUUUUCCUUUUAAAUUGCUGUCUUUUUAUUGAAUCGUAAAGUACACAUGAUAGGGUUAUGUGUGGAAUAACACAUACGAUAAAUGCAUCCUAAGGCUUUGCUAGCACAUUUGCACAUUUUUGUCAAAAUUUUUUCAUGACUAUUUUGUAUAAAUGUGGCUGAAUUUCGUUUAUGCAACAUUGAAUUUCCUCCAAUGCAAGCGUAUUUGUGGGCUGGCUGGCAAACGCCUUUGACUUCAUAUAACUCCAUAAAAAAAUCCAAUGGUGUAAAAUCACACGAUCUAGGGGACCAAUUCUCAAAUUUUCGAACUGUGGCCGCCAGACUUUCAUUAUUUUUGAAAUAUUGUUCAACAAUGAAAACACGUUUUUAUAUCGUGUAACGCUCUAUUUUUACUAAGCCGAAACUAUCUGCUGUCAAAUAGUUUUCAAUAGGAUUUCCAACACUUUAUUGCUUGUCAAGUCUUGCGUUGAUUUUGGGGACACCCUUUAUAUUUGUUCUCUUAAAACAAAAUGCCCAACAACAUUACGAUAUCGUCACAAUGAUGGCGAGAAUUCAAAAGUGAGCCGCAUGGUGUAGAUUUCGUACAAUAUUUUGUGUUUCUAAAGUUGUCAUCGUUUUCUAGUAAACUAUCAUAAUUAACUAAAAAUCAAAUAAAAUUCAUUCAUUUCUGUAAGAAUGAAAAAAUUGACAUGUUCUGAAUCGAUUCACUUUUUUAACUAAUUUCAUUGAAAUAACCACGCAUGAGUGGUUCAGUUCUGAGAAACCUCCACUUUUACUAAAUUUCUAUCCUUUUCUUUCCUUUGAUGUGAAGCAUGACCUUGUGAUCGAAUGCUUCUAAGCUUAUGUUUCCAUAUUUAGAAUUAAAGUGCCACACUAGUGUCUAUAAAUUCCAAGUGUCUUCAUGGAGAGUCUAGCUCUGAAUGAAAGGCAAGCAUGGAUAUCUGAACUAUUUGUUUAUUAGUGAGUUUAUACAGUGUGGUUCUACAAUAGUGCGUUUGAACAAUUCAAAUCCACGUUUCUCUUAUAACGUAUCCACAACAACUACUUGUUAAGAGAAAUUUAAGUUUAAACAGAAUUUAAGUAUAAAAAUGUUUCAUUUGUGUGAAAAAAUUUAAGUACUGUGAUCUUGCCGUCAUUUGACCGGCUCGUGGUAGCUUUAGAGUUAAAGGAUUUGAAAAGAAAAAAUAACUUUUAGAAACGUGGAUUUUAUGAGAAAAAAUUUUCCCAGUGACUUCUAGUUAUAGUUUACUAUGAAAAGUCAUGUCGCUAUGCUUUUUGGACAUUUUAUUUUUUAUCCAAGUG